AUGGGUUCUUCGACGAAUGACUCGACUCACAGUUGCCAAACUGUACCAUCUCACAAAACACGAAAUCGAUUCCCACACUUCGCUCCUACUCCUCAAGUACAUCCCUACAUCUCUCAGGUCAUCACCUGCGUUCCUGAAAUGGAUACCCCACAUACAUGUCGCUAUGUCUGCCUCCUUCGCAAGAUCAGCUCUAAGGCAAUAGCACCCCUCGAAGACCGCUCACAGAUAGCAACCUUGAAUGAACACAACAUGCAAGACCGGUCCAACUCUCUCUUUCAGCCAUUGAACAGUCGAUCGCAAGAAGGUUGUCCCCUUCUCUGCUCACAAUUCUUCCUUCAGCCAAGCUGCAAGCAAGAACUAGAAUAG